AUGGCUGAUCUACCAGGUCCGCCGAAUGCCGGCGAUGAUAUCGUCAUUAACCCAGUCAUGCUCUACGACGAGACCAGAGUCGUCGGAGCAGCAUCAUCAGGACUCUACCCCUGGCUCGUCCAGCUGGGCAAAGACCGUGGCGGGUGGUACCUACCGUUCGCGUGGGAGAGAUGGCUGCCCUCAUCCUGGCUCGCAACCCGCACUAUUAAGCUGGAGCUUCAGAACCUAUCCGCCGGUGAAGGGCACCCAGUCUAUGGCUUUAGCAGUGGAGACUAUCUCGAAGUUGCCUUGGUGGAGGAAAAUCAGGCUUUGGUGUUUCGCAGUGAGAGGUACGGUGUCCCACUCACAUGGGCACUGUUGCUGCACGAACUCCCUCCCAAUCCCAACGGCAAGCCACGGACACUGGUGCACUUAAGGUUCAGGGGCAGGAUAGCCGCUACUGGCUGGCAGAGGAUGAUAAUUGUACGGUUCGGGGCUUUCAUGGACCAUAUCUCCACAGCGCCGAUGCUUGCUGGGCUUGCAGAUCGGGUAGAGAGGCCGCAUUAUGCAUGA